GUGGUUGUCUUUGACAGUUUGGUUGGACCUAAUGGAUAGAACUUUGCGAUGGUUGUGCCGGGAGAACAUAAAGUUCUCUAAACAUGGCAAGAAGAAGUAGAGAUUAGGGUACACUUUGUUCUAAACCCUUAAAUACAUUUUCAAGUGACCAGCUCAAAUCUGCUUAAAUUUGUAUCCAUUUUCACUUAGGAUAACUAUCUAUUUUACGUUAGAUGAAAAAGAUUCACUGG